AUGGCCUGGCAGAGUCUAGACAGUGUUAUUGACGAGAAACUCAAUGUAUUGGCUGGCGAUCUCAAAGUGGUUUCUAGUCCAGAAAAAACACCUCGUGAUGUUGGCUAUCAGCCUGAGGAGGCAUCCGCAAACGUCACGCGAGAAGCCAGUCGCAUCCCUGAUGAUAUCGGAGGGUUAGAAGGUUUGGCAAAGAAGAUGGGACCCAUCGCUAUUGCGACCCACUACAAAAUUGGGCGCUAUCAACUUGAAGACCCCAACAAGGAGAAAAUAGGCACACGUCAAAAGAUGUGCCAACAUACGCGCUACGGUCGCGGUAUCUAA